AUGCGUUGCUGCCUCUUCUUACUGGCGCCUGCUGCUGCUGCUGCUGCUAUCUCGACCGCUGCAUCAGUAGCGCCGCAGGCAGGGCAGACGCUGACGUGUAGCCAGGCCGACCUCUUUUUAUGGGGGGCGUCGCCCCCUGAGCACGAGAUAGGUGGUUCCAAGGCAGAGAUGAACCGAAUGAAGACACUAUUCUACAAUACUGGGCAGCGGCGCUGCACAUUAUGCGAUGCGUACCUCGAGGCCUCUUUCUCUAGUCACUGCGGAUACGUUGGCCACAUAGCGCGGCUCGGCAUUCUCGAGCGUGCCACUGCCAUGUUGCAGAAUGAGAUAACGACGGAUGGAACAAGUCUUGCGUGCGGCCGGAAAUCGAGCGUGUCGCAGAAGACAAAGGCCCUCCUGGACAUGUGGUGGAAACGACUGAACGAAGUAGAGAGAGACACACUUCUUGAUUACAAGCGCAUCGUUGCUCUUAGUGCGCCAACUUCAAAGCAGCGACUCUGGCGCGUUCGAUUUCUGCUGGAGUUCCUUCGGGAUAGAGAGGUCAUACGAGACAGCUUGACACUGACAAAGUUCACAUCAUCAAGUGAUAAUAGUUUUGUUCGCACCAAACGCUUUGAGCGUAGUGAGAUGAUUGGGGAUAACAUUGUAAAGGUUGUUGUACCGGAUCGACUUGUACGCUUGUUCCCAGCUGCUGAGGGCGGAGUAACGUACAGGCUGGCCUGCAUUCAACAGUUACUCGAUAGCAACGAGGGUUUACUGCAGAUAUACGACUACAUUGACCUUAACGCUAUUAUUGGAAUUCGUUUACCCAACAAUAAGACAAAAGCGGAUGUGGUGGAGUCUCUCUUUGGUGAGCUGCAGACGUUUCUUUGGGCAAGUGAGGUGGCAUGCGGUAUGAGCCAAUAUUCUGCAAUUCCAAACGCCGAGCACCGCUACGUCAAGGCCCUCGUUGAGCACCUGCUGAAUGAGCUCACGCACAUGGUCAUAAUGUGGCGCAUCGAAAGCACAUUGGAGAAUGCGAUGGGUUUCUUGGAGGAUCACCUGCAGAGAAGAUUGGCUCACAAGCGGAAUGGUGUAGCGACUGACAGUGGCGCCGUGGUGGUAAGGGAGGGAGAACACGACCGCCCCCGCUACGCUGUGCUGCCUCUUCUAUUGCCCCACCCAUAUUUGAGUUCAUCAUCAAAGGCAACAAGCGCAGGGGCAAAACCGGUGGAACGGCGAAAAGUCACACAGGAGGUAACCCGUCAUUUGGAAAGGAAAGGAACCCCAAUGAUGUUGUUUGCCACACCUGUGCCAAGGUCGGCUUUGAUGAUGGCACACUACAGGGUGCGUCUGCGUGCUGUGCGCAGUACGAAACAGUACUUGUCUGAGGUUGUAUCGGCACUGUCGAUGAAGGCGAGCGUGUCUGAGCUAAUGACGAAGGCGACGUCACCGAAUGACGCGAUGACCAGGACAAACGAGGGCAAACGCGACAAGAAACAUGGCGAGCAAAAACAGCAUCAACAUGGCGGCGUCCCGUGGGGUGACUUGGCCGCCAAAAAGCAUCCCACAUGGGCCCGUGACUUGGAGUUGGCUGAGGUGCGCCAACAUGUGGAUAACCAUCUAACACGACGAGGUGUUUACGUUCAGACGAUGGAUUGGAACAACAUGCUUGCUGCGGUUACGCGGAGUCUGACGAAGAGCACGUCUUUAGAGGAAGCUCCUCUGCUGCAUAAAAGGCCGAUGAAAGCACCGUGGAGAGCGUCACAGUCAGUGUCAGCAGAUGCAACUGGGCCGCAUAUGUUGAUCGAGCUGUGUGGUCUGCCAUUGGCACCGACUGUGCGUUAA